UGUGUCGCCGUGGCCCUGUGAGAAAGCUGUUCUGUGAUAACGGCACAAACUUUAUUGGCGGCAAAAGCACAUUGGAAGCAGCCAUGAUGGAGAUGGAGAAGGGGAAGAUCAGGCGAGAGCUGCUGAAGGAUCAAUGUGAUUUCAUUGAGUUUUCCUUCAACGUCCCGUACGCGAGCCACAUGGGCGGCUCAUGGGAAAGGCUCAUCAGGUCGACAAGAACAGCAUUGACUAGUAUCCUGGACGGACACAGUCAUCAUCUGGACGACGAGCUGUUCCGGACGUUUGUCGCGGAAGCCGAGAACGUCGUCAAUAGUCGGCCCAUUUCUGUUUGUAGCAUGACUAACACUGAUAGCGUAGAACCUAUCACUCCAGCACAGCUACUCACAUGUAAAUCCAAGGUCCUUCUUCCUCCACCUGGUGUCUUCUGCCGUGAAGACGUCUACGCCCGUCGAAGAUGGCGGCGCGUACAACAUCUGGCGGACGUAUUCUGGUCGCGAUGGCAGCACGAGUACGUCCCCACUAUGCAGGAGCGACGGAGAUGGAUCGACAAGGAGCCUAACAUGAAGGUCGACGACCUCGUCGCUGUGGCCGAUGACAGUCUUCCGCGCUCUCAGUGGCAUCUGGAACGUAUAGUGACCACGUACCCGAGUGCGGAUGACUUGGUGCGUAAGGUGCGAGUGCGGAUCGGCGCAGCCGAAUACGACAGGCCAGUGCAUCGUCUGGUCAUGAUCAUGAGGGCGCACGACGGAGAUUCCCGGUCGGGGAGCCUCUGAACGCCUGGUGAGCGGACGACGAACUAGAGGUGCUUGGCGUAGGAUUAGCGGUCCACAUGCCGUGAAAGGACAGCUGUGAGAAGUGUAAGAUGCAUUGAGACCGUAGUCUAUAAGGACUUGAUCCUUGGAACAACUUCUGUUUCAUGGUCUCAUACUUGUUCGUGUAAUCGACGUAUCUGUUAGUGUUAUCCGAAGAGAAAAUUCUGUUGAAUUUUGGGGAGCCAUGUUCCCGCUGGCAUCAAUUUACUGCAGUGGUUUAGGUGACCACCAGCGUGGCCCGCGUGGGCCCUGUUUUUUGUCGCAUCUGCGCAAGAAAUGUUAUUGUUUUGAACGAAAAGCGAGCCGAGGGACAUGGGACGGAUUUUUUACGUGGCAUUGCGGAUCUGGAUGAAUAUACUGAAUUAAAAGGAAAA